GGUAGAGCUACUUCUCUCAGCUCCUUUCUUGUCACUGGUGAAACGUGACGUUUAUUUAGUGUUGUAUAUGUUUUAAAAGACAGUUGAAAGACAGAACAAUGACACAAAACCACCUGUCGGGAAUGGAGGCGUCCGCCGUGUCUGUCUUGAAGCGAGCGGUGGAGCUGGACCAGAGCGAACGUUUCCAGGAGUCUCUCAUCUGCUACCAGGAAGGCAUCCAGCUGCUUAUGGACGUGUUAAAAGCUGUAAAAGACGAAUCAAAGAGAGGACACUACAGAGAGAAGAUAAAGGGCUACAUGGACAGAGCAGAGCAAAUCAAAGUUCAUGUGAAUCAGAUGAAGGAAGAUGGGAAGUACCACGAGCAGAUAAGAAUAUCAGAGGAUGCUACCAGUUACAGCUAUGAGGUUCUGUUCAAGCCAUACAUCAGCAGCGCUCUCACUGAAGUCUGGGUGGAGGACCCGUACAUACGGCACACCCACCAAUUGUACAACUUCCUUCGGUUCUGUGAGAUGCUGCUAAAAGCCCCCUGCAAGGUGAACAAGAUCCACCUCCUCACGUCGCAGGAUGAAGCUGAUAGUGGCCAGCAGAGCGGCGCUCUGGCUGAGUUGAAAGAGAGUCUCAGCGCUCACGGAGUGACUCUAGACCUGCAGUACUCCUCCACUAUCCAUGACCGGGAGAUCAGGUUCAAUAAUGGUUGGAUCAUAAAAAUUGGAAGAGGGUUGGAUUACUUCAAGAGACCUAAGGGCCGAUUCUCAGUUGGAUACUGUGACUAUGACCUCAGGCAGUGCCAGGAGACCACUGUAGACAUUUUCCACACCAAACACACAAAAACUCUAUGAGACUCACAAAGCUAAAAAUGAUUAUUUUUUUGCCAAGCCAAGCCGUUUAAUUUACUUACCUGCCUUCCAAACACAAACAGGUCUACAGUAUUGUUGGAUUUGCCUUAGCUUGCGGGUGUCUGGGGACUGACUUUUAUAACAAGCUGGGUUACUGUUUGAUUUCUGCUGCACUGGAACAUCUUAAAUUUCUGCUAACUGUACUGCUGCUGCUAUUGGUGGAUUUUUAAAGACAGUUCUUCAAUUUUCUAUGAUUUUUUUUUCUGUUUUCUAUGAUAUUUAUGAAAAAUAUGGAUCAUUUUUAGCUUUUAAAAUUAAUUAUUUCAAAAUAUUUUUUCUAGAUUACUUUACAAAAUUAAAAUUGUAUUUUUGUUUAAAUCAAAUUUAAACUUUAAAAUUCAAAACCAAAACAUUCCUAAAACGCAUGAAUAGUAAAAUGUGUUACAGGAUUGCUAACUUUAGGCCCUUCUCGGUUGACUGGAAAUGUACCGUCCUGAUUCUAUUAGUAGAUUAAAAACAAACAAACAUGGAUCUAAAUAUCUUUUUGUACUGGCAAAUAAAUAAAAUGUAACAGUUUUUAAACUAUUUAUAAUACAUAACUGCAGAAUAAAUAUUAAAACUGACCAAAGUGUGCUGAAAGAUUGUGAGAUGCUUUCUUGUUUUCUACAGAAUAGGAAAACUCCAAGACACAGAUAAAAUGAAAACAGUGACCAUGAGGACGAGAGUGGGUAGAGUUACACAGAAAGGUGUACUUACAGAAAGCGUUUAUGGUAAUCAGCUGGUUGUUUUCCAGGUUAUUAUAGUUUUAGGGUGGAGGAUUACACUAAAACCUAGAAGUAAAACAUUUUAGUGAACUAAAAAACAAAAACUUGACUUGGGAAAAAAUUUAACUAACUGAAAAGAUUUUGUGAACUUGGAAAACUGACAAAAAUAUAGAG